AUGGUGGGCAGGUGUCCCUUCCCCACAGUCCGGAAUGGGAAAAGAAUAUCUGACUACAAGUCCUCCUACGCUUAUGGCGAUACCGUGCUCUUUGAGUGCAAUCCCGGCUACAUCAUGCGUGGCCAGAGCUUGAUUCAUUGCAAUGCUGGCAACUCGUGGGAUCCACCUGUGCCGGUUUGUGAACAGGUGAUCAAGUGUUCCCCACCUCCUGACAUUGCCAACGGGAGGCACAAUGCCCAGGCCUCAGGCAAUUUUGCUAUUGGAAUAGCUGUUCUCUACAGCUGUAAACCUGGCUACUCCCUUAUUGGAAAUGCUUAUGCUCAGUGCACAAAAUUUGCCAAUGGCUGCACAACCCCAGCAGUCCAGAACGGGCGGCUAACUGAAAUAAAACCUGCCUACAGCCCCAGAGACUAUGUGACAGUGGAAUGUGAUCCUGGCUAUACCCUGAGUAGCCUGCGCAAAGCACAGUGCCAAGUUGGGGGCACGUGGGACCCUCCAGUGCCAGCCUGUGAAAGGGUGACCCGCUGCCCGAACCCAGAGAUCCGGAAUGGAAGGAAACUCGAGGAGCACGGCUCUGUGUAUGACAGUGGCGAUAAAGUGAGCUUUGAAUGCAACGAUGGCUAUGUCCUGAAGGGCAGCUAUGAGAUCCAGUGCCGGGACGAUGGCACCUGGGCUCCUCCUGCCCCAACCUGCAGUCUAGUGGUGCCGUGUCCUCCACCUCCAGCCAUAGACAAUGGGGAGCACACCGCCCAGGGCCUAGAAGCCUUCCACACUGGGAUGUCUGUCGUCUACAACUGUGAUCGUGGCUACUCCCUGUUUGGAAGGGACACCAUUCAUUGCACAGAGUCAGGAACCUGGAGUCUACCUUAUCCUCGGUGUACAAAUGGCUGUGGUCCUCCACCAAGGUUAAGGUUUGCUGCGCCACUUGAAGAGUAUGCCACCCAGAGCAGCUUUCCUAUUGGGAAGAUCGUGAAAUACAGCUGCCAGCCUGGAUACAAUAAAAAACUAUGGACCCCACCUUCUGUUAAAUGCCUUAGCAGUGGUGAAUGGACAGAUGUCCUUGAAUUCUGUAGAAGGAAAUCGUGCGGUCACCCAGAAGAGCCGCAGAACGGCAGAGUCAUCGUCCAAUCAGAUAUCCUGUUUGGGGCCACCGUGAACUACACCUGCGAGGAAGGGCACAGGUUGGUUGGACAGCCUCAGAGGCACUGUCAGAUUUCUGGGAAAACUGUUGCAUGGAGUGGAGCUACUCCCAUUUGUGAACGUAUCCCAUGUCAUCCACCUCCAGAUAUAGAGCACGGCAGCCUCAAAUACGUGUACGAGAAUGACUUCUUUUAUGGGUCAUCUGUGACUUACAAAUGUGACAGAGGAUACCCGCUCAUUGGAAAGGAGUCUAUUUACUGCACAACCCAUGAUGGGCAAAGUGGAGAGUGGAGUGGGCCUGCCCCUCGUUGUGGAGUGGUGAAGUGUCUCUCACCUCCAAGCAUCGCUAAUGGGAAGCUUAAAGGCCAGGCCUCAGACACCUUUGUCAACGGGACGUCUGCUUUCUACUACUGCAAUUCUGGCUACACCUUUGUUGGGAAGGCGUCCAUUCAAUGCCUGGCAUCUGGAUCUUGGAGCCGUCCCUACCCUCAAUGUGAAAUGGUCAUCUGCCCAAAUCCAGAGAUCAAGAAUGGAAGGAAAUUGGAUGGACGUGGCUCUGCAUAUACAUUUGGGCACCGCGUGAGUUUUGAAUGCAAUGCUGGCUACGUCCUGAAUGGCAGCCAUGAGAUCCAGUGCCAGCAGGAUGGCAGCUGGGAUCCCCGCAUCCCAUCCUGUAUUCAAGCGCUGCUGUGUCCUCCACCUCCACCCGUCACCAAUGCAAGGCACAGCGCCCAGCUCCCAGAAGCCUUCCCCAGUGGGACAUCUGUCAGAUACAGCUGUGAGCCUGGCUACGCCCUGAUUGGAAAGGCCUCCAUCCAUUGCACGGCCUCAGGAACCUGGAGUUUGCCUUAUCCCGCAUGCUCAAGGAAAUCGUGCGCUCAGCCGGAAGACCCAGAGAACGGCAGAGUCAGCAUAAUAGAUCUUCUCUUUGAGUCAAGAGUGAACUACACCUGUAAUGAAGGGUACGUGCUGGUUGGACAGCUGCAGAGGCACUGCGAAGUGUCUGGCAAGCGCGUUGCAUGGAGUGGCGAUGCUCCCACCUGUCGGCAUAUUAAAUGUCCUCAACCUCCAGAUAUUCAACAUGGGAACCACGAUGGCCACUCCAGGGAUGGGUUCUACUAUGCAUCAGUUGUGACUUACACAUGCAGUGAAGGUUACCCACUCACUGGAGAGUUCUCUAUUCACUGCACCACAAAAGAUGGGCAAACUGGAGUGUGGAGUGGACCGGCCCCACGGUGUGGAGAGGUGAGAUGUCCAGUCCCUCAAAUCCAGAAUGGAAGAAGUGUAUCUGGCCUGCAGCAAGUCUACACGUAUGGCGACACCGUGACCUUUGAGUGUGAUCCCAGCUACACUAUGCGGGGCCACAAUCGGAGUCGGUGCCAGUCUGAUGACACGUGGGACCCACCUGUGCCAGUUUGCGAACAGGUGCUGCCGUGUCCUCCACCUCCGCCCAUUGCCAAUGCAAAGCACAGAGCCCAGGUCCUGGAAGUCUUCCCAAGUGGCACGUCUGUCAGCUACAGCUGUGAUCAUGGCUACUUCCUUGUUGGAGAGGCCUCCAUCCAUUGCACGGAGUCUGGGACCUGGAGCCUGCCUUAUCCUGUUUGUUCAGGGAAAUCGUGUGGGCACCCAGAAGAACCGAGGAAUGGCAGAGUCAUCAUUGUAACGGAUCUGCUGUUCGGUUCCACGGUGAACUACACUUGCGAGGAAGGGUACAAGCUGACCGGGAUGCCUCUCAGGCGCUGUGAAAUUUCUGGCCAGAGAGUUGCAUGGAGCGGAAGUCCUCCUGAGUGUCAGCGUAUUGUGUGUCCAUCACCUCCAGAUAUUCACAAUGGGACACACAAUGGCCACUUGUUGGAAGACUUCUCUUAUGGGUCGUCUAUAAGGUACACGUGUGACCCUGGCCACCCACUCAAUGGAGAGAACUUUCUUUACUGCACAACCAAAGAUGGACAAACUGGAGUGUGGAGCGGGCCAGCCCCUCGGUGUGGAGAGGUGAGGUGUCCAGUCCCCCAAAUCCAGAAUGGAAGUGUAUUCAGCAUACAACAAGUCUACACCUAUGGUGACACCGUGACCUUUGAGUGUGAUCCCAGCUUCACCAUGCAUGGCCAAAGUCUGAGCCGGUGCCAGCCUGAUGACUCGUGGGACCCACCUGUGCCCAUUUGUGAACCGGAGGUGCAGUGCUUCCCUGCUCCAACCAUCGCCAAUGGGAAGCAUGACAGCCAGGCUGUGGAAGCAUUCACUAGUGGGAUGUCUGUCAGCUACCAGUGUGACCCUGGCUACACUCUGAUAGGGGAAGCACAGCUUCACUGUACAGCAUCUGGAGCCUGGAGCCACCUUGCCCCUCAAUGCGAAGAGCCAAGGUGUCCUCCACCUCCUUCCAUUGCCAAUGGGAAUCCCAGUGACCAGGCCUUGGACACCUUCAACCCAGGAUCGGUUUUUCUGUACAGCUGUAAACCUGGCUAUGCCCUUGUUGGGGUGACGUCUAUUCAAUUUGUUGGCUGCAAAAACUUACAUGUGGAUAAUGGAAGAAUAAUAGGGUUCCAGGACAUCUACAGACCUGGGGACAUCAUAGUAGUGGCCUGUGACCAUGGUUACGUCUCAACCGGCGCCCAGGAGUCUCAGUGUCAAUUUGGAGGCGAGUGGGACCCUCCAGUCGCCAACUGCGAAAGGGUGCUGGAGUGUCCCCCUCCUCCUAAUAUUGCUAAUGCAGAGCGCAGACACCAGGCCAUGGAGGUUUUCACCCCUGGGAUGUCUGUAGAGUACUUCUGUGAUGCUGAGUAUUCCCUAGUCGCAGAGGGGUCCAUUUUUUGCACGGCGGCUGGAACCUGGAGCCUCCCACUCCCUCUCUGCGAAGUGAUUCGGUGCACAAACCCCAAGAUCCAGAAUGGAAGGAAGCUGGAUAGUCGUGGUCCCUUCUAUAAGCCCUGGGACGUGGUGAUGUUGGAAUGCAAUGCUGGGUACAGCCUGAGUGGCAGCUAUGAGAUCCAGUGCGGAGAGGAUGGGGUCUGGGAUCCCCCUGUCCCAACCUGCAUUCUGGCUGGCUGUGAAGUCCCAAAGCUUCAUAAUGGAAGAAUCCUUGGAUUAAAGCUCGUCUACAACCAUGGAGACAGCGUGACAGUGGACUGUGAUCCAGGUUACACUGUGAAGGGCACCCCUGUAUCUCAGUGUCAGGUUGAUGGGAUGUGGGAUCCUCCUGUUGCUGUCUGUGAAAAAGUGCGGCAGUGCCCCCUGCCACCAAAUAUCACUCACGCUGAGCACAGCAGCCGAGAUGUGGAAACAUUCACCCUGGGGAUGUCUGUGAAUUACAGCUGUGAGCCAGGCUACUCCCUGGUGGGAGAGGGAUUAAUUAACUGCACAACAUCUGGAGUCUGGAGCCUCCCGCUCCCUCGCUGUGAAGCUGUCACCUGCCCGAACCCAGAGAUCCUGAAUGGAAGAAACCUCGAUGGCUGGACCGCCACCUACAGCCCUGGGGACAGCGCGAGGUUGGAAUGUAGUGCUGGCUACAGCCUGAAUGGCAGCCGUGAGAUCGUGUGUGGGGAGGACGGGGCCUGGCAUCCUCCCAUCCCAGUCUGCAAUCAGGUGACCUGUGGAUCUCCAAAAGUCCAGAAUGGAAAAGCAACUGGUGCCAAACCUGUCCACAACCCCAGAGACACCGUGACAGUGGAAUGUGAUGCAGGUUACGCCGUGAACGGCACUCUCGAGUCUCAGUGCCAGGACGACGGCACGUGGGACCCUCCAGUCCUAGUCUGUGAAAGGGUGCCACAGUGCCCCCUGCCACCAAAUAUCACUCAUGCCGAGCACAGCAGCCGAGACGUGGAAACAUUCACCCCGGGGAUGUCUGUGAAUUACAGCUGUGAGCCAGGCUACUCCCUGGUGGGAGAGGGAUCGAUUUACUGCACAACAUCUGGAGUCUGGAGCCUCCCGCUUCCUCUCUGUGAAGGUGCGUUUGGGCUCUACGUCCCAGAGCUGCAAGGAACAGAUUGA